GUCUAAGAGCCAAGAUUCAGAAGUUUUUCUCAAAGCGACGCUGCCGUGUAAAGCCAUGGCAUCGGAGGGUGAGAGGAAGAUGGACAAGUUGCUUGCUUUGGCGCCUCUUUGCGUGUCGGAUGAGGGCUGGAGUAUGGACAUAUGCGACGGCCGCGUCAAGUUAGCACAUCGACCCACUCCUGGGACUCAUGGUCAGAUGAUGAAGUUUGAGAUGACCCGCGUGGCCGUCAAGAACCCGCCGGCGAAUCCGAGUCAUCUGCUGGUCCGUCCCGAAGUCCGAGCACAACAUCAGAUCCAGGUGUCGCCAGUAGAUGGCCACAGCUUCGACCUGGUGGAGAAUCUUUCGCCGGGUGAGGGUGUAUUUCAACGAUGGCAUCAGUUUG